AUUCUGUUGAAUGUGGUGCAGGUGUAACGUAGCAGUGAUGCUUCUGACGGACGUGGUAGUGGACGUGGUUGACCUUGACUGGCCAAUCCACGUUCCGCUGAUGUUGCACAUUCUAUUCCUGGGCUUGGACCACUCGCGCGUGCUCGUGCAUGAGCAUUGCAAGCAGCUGCUGCUCAACUUGCUGCUCGUGUUGGCUGAUCACAACGAUCACCUGUCCGUCGCUCAGAUUCUCCUCAAUCGCAAGACUGCCCAGCUCGGUUUGGGGUUGCCCACGCCUCCUUUACCUGUCCUUGUUCACGUGUUUACUGAGCCCGAUCCCGAAUUUGAUAGUUACUUGCAAGGUCCCACAACAGGAAUUCCAAACUCAUCUCUAGCCAGUAUUUCAGGUAUGAGGUAUAACUUUCCAUCAGCAUGUUCUAAUCCUCUCCUUGUUUUUGCAUUAUAAAUCCGAUUCCAAUCCAAAACUAUUCCCAAUCGUUCAAUCCAAGCUCUCUCAAUUCCAAUCCAUUCCUCAAGACAGGUUUUCAUUUUUUUCAUAUCUUCCGUUCCCAUUCAACAGCAAACCCUUUCUUUUGAU